AUGUCUCAUAAUCCAGGCCCCAUCGUGGAAUUCUACUACGACAUCUCCUGUCCCUACGCCUACAUAGCCUCCACCAAAAUCUCCUCCCUCGCCUCCCGCACAUCAGCCCACAUCAUCUGGCGUCCCGUCCUACUAGGAGCCAUCUACCGAGCCACGCUCGCGCCUCAAGGCGCCGGAGGAUCCGCGAGUGACAUUUUCAAUUCGACAAAAAAAUCCAUCACCUCUCGAGCUUUGCAACGCACAAUUACCCGACAUGGAAUACCUUUUCGUCAGCCGAAAUUUCAUCCGCAGAAAACGACGGCUGCGCUGCGCUUGGUGUAUUUUGUGCGGGAAAGUUGGAGAGAGAGGUUGACGAGGGAGUUGUUUCGGUUGUAUUGGGUGGAGAAUGUGGAAGGGGUGGGGAGGAAGGAGGUUUUGAGGAGGGCGGUUGAGAGGUGUGAGUUCGAUGGGAGGGGAGAUGGUGAUGAUGAUGGUGAUGGAGAAGAGGUCAAGAGAGUUUUGAAAGCGAUUGAAGAUGGGAGUUUUGAAGGUGAGGAGCAGAGACGGCAACUUGAAAUUUCUACGGAUUUGGCUGUGCAGAGAGGCGCGCCCGGUGUGCCGAGUUUUUGGAUUCCGGAAGAAAUCUGGAGAGAUUCUGCUAGUACUACUAAUCCUACUGGUGAGAGCCGCAAGGGACGGUUGUAUUGGGGUCAGGAUCGGAUGCAUUUUGUCGAAGCUGUUCUUCUUGGACUCAACAAUACCUCUCAGGAGAGGCAGAGUGGCGAUACAACUACCUUUGACCAAGCACUCGGCUGGACACAACUCGCCAGCCUCCACAGACGCUUCAACAACAGCAGCAACAGCAGCAACAACAACAACAACAGUCGCCGAAAUCUCACCAUCGACAUGAAACCUUUUCUUUUGGGGAUUCUCUUUCGCGAAAUUGGAGCUCCAAAUGUCCCCAUGCAGGCCAUGUCGGAGCAGAAAAGGAAAUAUAUGCAACGCGACCAUGGCGAUUGGGUGAGGUGGUGGAAUGCAGUGAGUUUGCAAGAGGGAAGAGAAGAGUUGGAUGGGAAAAUUGAGUUUCAAUGGCCUGAAAAUUUUCCGAUUAGGACGACGAAUUUAUUGAGGGCUGUGUUGGUGGAAGAGAGGCUUUGUGGAGUUUUAUAUCGAGCCUGCUGGGAACGCAACUUAAACAUGUCCGACGACAAAGUUCUCAAGCAGGUCAUUGCAGAAGCUGGAUUCGAUGCCGAUGCGAUACUGCAAGCCGCCAACGAAGAGAAAAUUAAGCAGGAAUUGCGACUUCGAACGCAAGAAGCCAAGGAUGCUGGAAUCUGCGGAGUGCCCACGUAUCGAGUGUUUCGACGAAAGUUGGGCCAGGGUGAGAGUGAUUGGAAACAGUUCGGGGACUUGGUCUGGGGUCAGGAUGAAAUCGCUGUUGUCGAAGAUCUCAUCGCGGGCUGGGAUGGGACUACUACUACUACUACCACCAGCGGAGUCGAGAAUUCUUCGUCCUCCAGUCACAGCAAGCUCUAAGUAUUCACUUCAUCAUCAUCUUCUUCUUCUUC